UCCCCAAUUUCCACGGUAAACUCUUCAAUCCAAUAAUCGUUUAUUAAUGUCGUUCGAACUCUCUCUGUUAUUUUCGGCAACACCAAAAUCUCGCGAUGUCCCGGUUACCUUCCUUUAGAAGAUCCACGCCGUCCAUCCGCCGAAUCGCCUCGAUCCAAGGGCUCCAGUUCCGUCAAUUCCACGCCCCGUCGUCGCCAUCUCCGAUCAGCCACUCGAGCUUUGAAUCUACCAAGCGCGGAAACCCUGCUCUCGGAUCUUUCCUCAAAUGGAUUUCUGGAAUUGGAGUGGGUUCAGGCCUAGGGAUUCUGUUCUGGUCUUCUUCUUCUUCUUCGUCAACCGAUUCUGAGUCGGCUUUCUUCAAUAGGCCAAUCCUGUCGUUCGCCGACGGAUCGCCGGCGAGCUCCGAAGCUGCGGUGCAGGAUCGGCGAUCGCGUUCAUUGUUUAACAAGCUGUCUCUGCCUGAGAAUAGCCCUAAGUUUCUUCUCUUUGGAGAUGCUUAUAGGAGGAAGGUUUUCUUCAACUAUGAGAAGCGGAUAAGGUUGCGAAGUCCUCCUGAGAAGGUUUUUGAGUACUUUGCAUCAGUUCGUACGGUAGAAGGAGAACUACUAAUGAAACCAGCCGAUCUUAUGCGGGCGGUCUUUCCUGUUUUCCCUCCAUCUGAAUCCCAUCUUGUCAGAGAUGGGUAUCUGAUAGGGGAAAGGAGUCCUGGUGACUUACAUUGUGAGCCUUCAGAAUUAUUUAUGUUAUUUGAUGUAGAUAAUGAUGGACACAUAUCUUUUAAAGAGUAUAUUUUUUUUGUAACACUACUCAGCAUUCCAGAAUCAAGCUUUUCUGUGGCUUUCAAAAUGUUUGACAUUGACAAUAACGGAGAAAUAGAUAAAGAAGAAUUCAAAAAAGUGAUGGCUUUGAUGCGAGCACAGCACAGGCAGGGAGCUCACCACAGAGAUGGGCUUCGGAUUGGGCUAAAAGUCAACGGUUCAGUUGACAAUGGAGGCCUUGUAGAGUACUUUUUUGGUGAAGAUGGAAGGGAAUGCCUGAAACUUGAUAAGUUCGUCAAAUUUAUGAGAGAUUUGCAUGAUGAAAUACUGAGAUUGGAGUUUGCCCAUUAUGACUACAAAUUGCGGGGAACUAUAUUGGCUAAGGACUUUGCAUUAUCCAUGGUUGCUUCUGCCGACAUGAGUCAUUUAAGCAAGUUGCUUGAUCGGGUUGAGAAAAUGAACAGUGAGCCACAUCUUAAAGACUUGCGCAUUACAUUGGAGGAGUUCAAAAGCUUUGCAGAGCUUCGCAAAAAGUUGCAACCAUUUUCUUUAGCUUUAUUCAGUUAUGGAGAAGUAAAUGGUUUGUUGACACGAGAAGACUUGCAACGAGCUGCUUCCCAUGUUUGUGGCAUUGAUCUCAGUAGGAAUGUGGUCGAAAUCAUUUUCCACCUGUUCGAUGCAAACCGCGACGGAAGUCUAAGCUUGGAUGAAUUUGUCAGAGUUUUACACAGAAGGGAAAGGGACAUAGCUCAGCCCGUGGAGUCGGGACUCAUGGGAUUUUUAUUUUGUUGCGGGAACUGCAGUCAUAAUAAUUCCUCUUCUGCAUCUUUGCGUCCUUAAUUAGAUGUGCCGUGGUGCGUUAUUUGACACUCUACUAGAAUGCAUAUGAUAGAUGAGAAAUAUUCUGAAAUUGGUGUAAAGCUGAAAAUGCUCUGUAUAGGUAGUAUUAGAUCUAACUACGAAUAAUGAACCCGUUUAGUUUAUUGAUUUGAGUUGAGAUGUGAUUUUAUAUGAGAGUUUUUUACUGUAA